AUCCGACAUUCCACUUACAACUGACAGUCCGUAGACUCACAUUGCCCGAUCCCGGAGCUAACAUGGCGGUCGGGAUCGACCGAGGAAUGUAACUAUGUGUUUCAAUUGCUCACUUGCAACGCGGUAUGAGAUAUCUCAUGGACAUUCCCAGCGCGUAGGACCCGAGCCGGUCGAGGGAGAGAUAAGAGAGACAAGAUGGUCGGGGGGAGGAAGCAAGGGAGAAAAGAGCUCUGAAUUGGGCUGCUAUCGACCGUCCGAGGUGGUUGGCGAUACGGCUGCCGGCCUGUCAUUCCCAGCCUCCGCGGCCCAGCCACCGCAGGUCCAACGAAUAAAGGAUGCUGCUAUAUCUAGGGUCGACAUGGCCGCCAGCUAUUGGAGAAAGGUGCUUAGACUGGACGGGAAAGGCUUUGAUCGGAUGAGUUCCGUGGUGUGUCUGUCUGUUUGGUUGUUUGCGGUGGCACAGAGAGAAGGAGAGAGAGAGAGAGAGAGAGAGAGAUUGAUCUCAAUCUCGAUGGACUCUCGAUUGCCAAGAUUACGGCCCGAACCAUCCCAAGGCCACCCACCCCCCACCACACCUGUCAAGAUCGAUUCAACUUGGGCGCCCCCCGUACUGUGUGCAGUGGUCUACGAUGAAAUACGUAGUUGGUGGGUAAAGAAUCUCACUAUAUGCUUCUGAUUCGAACCAUUGUGUUUUAUUCGCAUCUUGUUUCAUCUGGAUCGUAUCUUGUCAAACGACUAGUUCGAUGCAGGCGAGUUGCACACUACACUGAG